AUGAAUGGCUAUUUUACCGCAAAAUACUCCAAAACGUGUGGCUUAGAGUCGGAGAGUUUGUCCAAUUCGUUGAGUACGGCGUCCAUACGUUCGCCGUUGUCUUUGCUGUCCCGAAGUCGGAGCAGAAUAUUCUCCGAAUNCAAUAGUCAGGAGCCGAGCGCUAUCGACUCGAUGACACACAAUCUGUUGACCGCAUUUACGGGCAUCGAGUCGUCGCCCACUCGACAACAGGCCGGGUAUCUCAACGACUGCGAGCUAUCAAUGUUGAAGUUGGCCUCCAAACACCCGGUGCUGUUUCUGCGACAAUUGCCAAUGAUUCCGGCACUACUUCGCGGCAAACUCUGUUCCGUGACAUACGAUGUGUUCAAAUCCCGUAACUAUUUAUCCACUUUUAAGCGUCUGUUGAAUAUUCUUCGACUUCUGAAGCCAUUCUUGUGGAACAAACAAGUGAAGGGUUUGAACGAAUUGCUGUCGACGUAUAUCAGACUCUUUCACGACUACUGCCGCUACGGCGGCCGCGAACUGUUGCCGAUGUUAUCGCAGUUUCUGUUUCUCGUUGACGAUUGGCUUAAAUCGGACACCGAAUCGGCCAAAGCCUGGAUUAAAGCCAAUCGAAAGCCUAUUGUAGACCUGUCGACUGUAUUUCCGGAACAAUCACUCUUCAAAUCGCUUCUAUCGGGUCUACCGUUUCAGACACAGAAUCCGAUGGGAUUUAAUGAGAAACACUAUUCGGAGAAUAUUCUGCUCCGACUUCGGGACAGCAAAGACAACGGCGAACGUAUGGACGCCGUACUCAACGAAUUGGACAAACUCUCCGACUCUAAGCCACACGUUUUGGAGUAUUUUGCGGAUGAUUUACGGCAACUAUACUUUAAUCCGUUCGCCCGGGAAAUGGCCUUCAAGCUGACCAUUAAACUCCUGAACUACGACCCGAAUCUCGGCCGCGGGUUUGUGCCCACAUAUUGCCAGUGUCUUCAGCGGAACGACUCGUAUUUGGCAAACUUAGCGCUCGACUAUUUGCCAGAAUUUGUAAUUCUAGCUCAAGAGCACAGGUCUAUCAUAUUGAAGAAGGCCUUCGAGAUCGGGAUUAUGGGUAACACUAAUGUAAUCAACAAUAUUUGCGAUUCGUUUGCGUUAAUGAACGCACAGAUCGGUGUCUGAAGAAGUCAUACAACACUUCUAUAUGUGUGGCCGAGAGAGAGAGAGAGAGAGAGAGAGAGAGAGAGAGAGAGAGAGGUCUGAAAUUACAUGCCAUGUAUUAAAUAAACAGAAUUGAAUAACAAGA